AUGGCUGCAAGCAAUACCCGCUUUUGGACCGAAGAAGGAUGGAACGGAUCAGAAGAAAUGAUUCAGAAAAGCAUGAUAAUUUGCACGAGGGUAGCACAUAAACCUCGAAUGAAGUUCGUAUCUAGGACGGCCGCCGAAACGCUGGUUGUGGCGAUACAAGGCGUCCAAUCUGUCAUCGAGUUGACAAGGAGGCGUGGGUGGCUGGCAGAUUUCUCUGGCAACAAUCUUCUAUCCCCUAGCAUUCAUUGGUCUCCUAAGCCUUCCAGCAGCCUACUGGAUCUCUGACGAAGCCACAUAUGCCGAGUAUCAUUCUCAAAUCGGGAAAGCCCUGUCCGAUUCUGGAGGUUACGAGCUUUAUAGGAUCCGUCCAAUGGAAGGUGCGGAAACCUAUCCAAACGAGCAGCAAAUGACAUACGAUUCACACCCAGUAAACAACUGGAGAGGUUGCAUGGUUCGAAUAUUCUUUUUCUUGAUUAUCACAGGCUUCUCAGCAGCAGGUAUUGCUUUUGUACUUCCUUUGAUGCCACCAGAAUGGACAAAUGUCAUGUCCGCCACCAACUAUGUCGAAGUCUGUUUUUAUACCUUUGUCACGAUACCAAUGCUAGGCAUACUGAUGGUCUAUUCUUUCCAAAAUCCACGGACCACAAUUAUCCCUUGUGUGCAACCUCUCUGGUACAAGAUACAUACCGUUCUCCUAUUCGUCUUCAUGCUAGUGUACAUCUCCAUAGCCGCCCUCGAAACCCGGAAGUCCCCUUGCGGAUCAUUCACCACACUUACGGGUUCAGCUCAAUGCGUUGAUGGGGAAGGAGGUGUGCGGCUAAGCUGAGCAGUUGCUUAUGAAGGUGCCCAUGAGCCGGAUGGUAUAUAUGUGUCUCGGUUACCGUUCAAUGUUUCUCUCAAUACAGUCACCUCAGUCAGCAAGGAAUUUGAUGGGGUGUAUUUUGGAUAUUCCAAUGGAAGCCAGACGUUUGUUGAUCUGGUACCGUUCGAUUGGUGGUGUAAGGGCAGUUUGGGUGUCCAGAUGGCUCACAUCGAAAUGCCACAGCGCCACUUAGCGAACUCCUCAGAUUGGUUUUCGAAUCUUGUGGGAAUUCCCGAAUUCACUGCCAAUAUCGAAGCAUAUCUACCAAGAGAAGGCCUAUAA